AUGACGACCUCCUUCUCAAGCCUCCCUAUCGUGGACUUGUCUGUCCUCUCUUCAAUCAACCCUUCUCCAGACACCCUCAAAGCUUUGAGCGAAGAGCUGCAUAAUGUCUUCGCAACUACCGGCUUCGCAUACCUCGUCAAUGCUCCAUUGACGUUCUCGCACGAUGAGGUCUUUGGUCUUGCGAGCGAGUUCUUUCAAAUGGAGAUGGAUGAGAAGAUGAAGCUGGCCAAGAAGACUUUCGCUCGAUCGAACAAGAACACAUAUCGUGGCUACUUUCCUCCCCAGCCUGGCCAAAUGGAUAAUCUCAAGGAAGGAUUUGAGGUUGGACCACCGGUCAGUCCAAGGCCGUCGCCGUUUGGGAAGCAGCAGAAGUUCGAUCUGGCGGAGCCGAAUGUCUGGCCUCAGACCAAGGAUCCAUCAUUCACCCCGGCCCGCUCCAGAAUCUCCCAACUCCACAACGAACUCCAAUCCCUCUCCUCCAUGCUCCUCUCCCUCCUCGCCAUCUCCCUGCACAAACCCGCAGACUACUUCUCCUCGUACCUCAUCGACUCCCUCUCAACCCUUCGCCUCCUGCACUACCCACCACAACCCUCCACCACCACCUCCUCUUCAAACGACGAUGAAGUCAAACUCUGCUGCACCCCCCACACGGACAGCGGCAUCCUCACCCUCCUCCACCAAGACCCCACCGGCGGCCUUGAAGUCCUCAACGCCGAAAACAACUGGGUCCCCGCGCCCUACGUCCCGGGCUCGAUCGUCGUCAACAUCGGCGACCUCAUGGCUGAAGUCAGCGGCGGGCGCUUCGUAGCCACCAUGCAUCGCGUCCGCACGAACAGUGGUGGUGAGGAACGAGCCGGUGGUGAGGAAAGAGCCGGUGGAAGGGGACGAGCGGAUGGCAUGGGAAGGUUUAGUGUCCCCUUUUUCUUUGAGCCCGGCGAGGGCUGUGUUGUGCGGAGUGUGGAUGGUGGGGAGGGCAUUGUGUAUGGGGAGCAUAUUCGGAAGAAGAUGGGGACUUGGGUGGAGUAUCUUCAUGAGGUUGAGGUGGAGGGCAGGGGGAUGGAUGGGAGUGUUGGGAAGGCGGGUAUUGCUGUGGAGGCGUUUUGA